AUGUGGGAUUCAGAGAGUGAGUCAGUUGCAGGUAGAGACUAUGAUAAUGGACUUCUUUCGUCUAACAAACAUGGAGUUCAGACCGAUCGCUUUGAACAAAGAGGCAAAUCUUGGUUUGUUGCAACUGAUAUCCCGAGUGAUUUCUUGGUUCUGAUUGGUGAUUUUAGUUUCCAUUUGCAUAAGUAUCCUCUGCUCUCAAGAAGCGGAAAAAUGAACAGAAUAAUAUAUGAUUCAAGAGAAGUAGAGUUGAGCAAGGUGCUCAUGGAUGACAUCCCAGGUGGUGCAGAAGCCUUCGAGCUCGCCGCGAAAUUCUGCUACGGGAUUGCCGUCGAUCUGACCGCCACCAACAUCUCCGGCCUGCGGUGCGCCGCUGAAUACCUGGAAAUGACGGAGGAUUUAGAAGAAGGAAAUCUCAUUUUCAAAACUGAAGCUUUUCUUAGUUAUGUGGUGUUGUCUUCAUGGCGAGAUUCGAUUGUGGUGCUCAAAAGUUGCGAAAAGUUGUCUCCCUGGGCGGAGAAUCUCCAAAUCGUUAGAAGAUGCAGUGAAUCCAUCGCUUGGAAAGCCUGCGCCAAUCCCAAAGGAAUCCGGUGGCAGUACACCGGAAAACCCAUGAAGGUUUCUAGCCCGAGUUGGAACGAGAUGAAGGAUUCGAGUCCGAGCCGGAGUCCGGUUCCUCCUGAUUGGUGGUAUGAAGAUGUUUCGAUUCUUAGAAUCGAUCAUUUUGUUCGUGUCAUCACUGCGAUCAAAGUAAAAGGAAUGCGAUACGAAAUGAUCGGAGCCGCCAUAACACACUAUGCCACGAAAUCGCUUCCGGGGUUGAUCAAAGAGGGGACUGGUGGCGGUUUAAAUGAAGAAGGAAGUAGUAGUGGCGGCGGUAUGGCAGUUUCCGGCAACUGGAAAGGUGGUUUGCACAUGAUCGUUGCCGGAAAUAAAGAGGAUCAUUCUUCGAUUACUCAAGCUAGAGAUCAAAGAAUGAUCAUUGAGAGCCUUAUAAGCAUAAUCCCGCCGCAAAAAGAUAGCGUUUCGUGCAGCUUUCUUCUUCAGCUUUUGCGAAUGGCGAACCUGUUGAAGGUGGCUCCGGCGCUGGUUACGGAACUCGAAAAACGGGUCGGGAUGCAAUUCGAACAAGCCACGUUGGCCGAUCUUUUGAUCCCUUGUUACAAUAAAACUGAAGCUAUGUAUGAUGUUGAUCUUGUUCAAAGGCUUUUAGAGCAUUUCUUGAUUCAAGAACAGAUGGAUGGUUCGAGCCCCGGGCGUCAGCCAGUGACGGAAAAACAUAUGUACGAAGGGAUUCAACGAAGUAGUAACUCGAAUGCGAAAAUGAGAGUCGCUAGGCUCGUCGAUAGCUACCUCACUGAGGUCUCGAGAGAUAAAAACCUUUCCUUGACCAAGUUUCAGGUGCUCGCCGAGGCCUUGCCGGAAUCUGCAAGAAGCUGUGACGAUGGAUUGUAUCGAGCAAUCGAUUCGUAUCUUAAGGCUCACCCGACGUUAUCAGAGCACGAACGGAAAAGGUUGUGUAGAGUGAUGGACUGCCAGAAACUCUCGAUGGACGCAUGCAUGCACGCUGCUCAAAACGAGCGGCUUCCGCUCAGAGUCGUGGUGCAGGUUCUUUUCUCGGAGCAGGUGAAGAUCAGCAACGCCAUCGCGAGCACCUCCAUUAAAGACACGAACGCGGGCGAUUCGCAUUACCAGCCAAUGGUUCAAAACCGCAAAACAUUGCUAGAAGGAACACCACAGUCGUUUCAAGAAGGAUGGGCUGCUGCUAAAAAGGACAUUAACACACUGAAAUUCGAGCUGGAAACGGUGAAGACCAAAUAUCUGGAACUGCAAAACGAAAUGGAGAAUUUGCAGAGACAGUUCGAUAAGGUAACGAAGCCGAAACAGCAGUCGGCAUGGACGAGUGGGUGGAAAAAGCUGAGCAAGAUGACGAAGAUGAGUACUUUGGAGAAUAACGACGUUGGAAAUCAGAGUAAUGUAGCACAAGCGGCUAGAAAGAACCCCAGAAGAUGGAGGAAUUCAAUUUCCUAGAGGCGGAAACGCGAUUAGAAGUUUCAAGUCAUCGGAAAACCCGAACGUCGUACAAGUUAAGGCACGGAAACGACUAAUGCCAAGAAAAGAUUGCAUACGAACACAUGCCGGUCGAACUAGUCCGACGCAAAACGAUUAGCUAUAAAUUCAUUCUUCAUAAAUUCCUUUUUUUCUUCUAGGAAUUCAAUUUCACAUGAGUAGUUCAUCCUUUUGGUUGUGUUCAUUUCAUUUCUUGGUGUUUCUAUUACCAUCAUGUUUGUUAAAUUUGUAAUUU